UCCGUUAGCCAGUGUUACUAGGUUAGUAUAGCUUCUCCAAAUUGCCAAGACCCAUGUUGGCCGUCCAUCAAUCGCACCCGACGACGAGGGCACGGCCUGCGGCUCGGACUGGCGGAGCACGUCGGAGAUGCGGCACUCGACGAAGCACACCACUUGGAGCUGGAGGAGCUGGCGCGGGUAGCACCAACUCCACAACGGACCAGGCAUGCUCGCACUUUUCAAACGGCAUGGGGCUGGGAGCGGCUUCCGCUCAGAUAACCCCUGAGUUCAACCUGGAGUCUCUAGCUCCCCCUGUGGACUCGCAUCAAACGCCCGAGGUGGUGUGGGGACCUGGCAAGUCGGCGGAGGAAAUCGCGGUCAAGCUGCUAAGCCUAACGGAGCGGCAACGGGUGGCCGUCGCGGCGCGCAUCGACCCCGCCACCUACUCUGCCGUGCGCCUGCACGCUCCAGGCGUCGAAUACAACGCCCGCGCUCGCACUCUGAAGCUCCGUUCCGCCACCGCCGAACAGCUCCCGCGCCCCAUGCGCUUCCCCGGCUCCGUCGCCAUCGUGUCCGCUGACACCGCCGACCUCGCCGUUGCAGAGGAGGUGCGCGUGCUGGCAGAUUACCUGGGCGCCUACUGCUUCCCGCUCCGUGGUAUGGGCUCAUGCAGCCUACAUGCGCUGCUAUCCAACGUGGACUCACUGCGUGCGGCGGAUGUGGUGGUGGUGGUGACGGGCAUGGACUGCUCAUUGCCGGGCGUGGUGGCGGGCCUUACGCCGAGUCCGGUGGUUGCCGUACCCACCAGUGCCGGUUCCGGAGCCUCCCUAGGCGGCGUGGCGCCGCUGCUGUCCACGCUGGGAGCCAACACGCCUGGCGUGGCGGUGUGCAACAUCGACAACGGCUACGGCGCAGCGGCCAUGGCGGUACGCAUGCUGAAGAUGGCCACUCGGCUGCAUGUGGUGCGGUCUGCGGCGGAGGCAGCAGCUGCGGCGGCGCGGUCGGUGCCUAGCAACGCGCAGAAUUAGUACAAAGUGCUGCUACGGCACGCGGCGGCGGUGGGUUUGGGGGCUGCUACGGCGGUGCAUCGCUGCUAGGCAGGGAGAGAGAGAGCUGUUAUUGGGGCUGGGGGUUUUGACGUGCCGGGCUUCGGGCGCGGAAGUGUGCCGGCAUGCACAUGUGAUGGGGGGAGGUGAAGAAGGAGGAACAGUUUUUUUUGUGAUUUGAGUGAGCGAGUGUUUGUUGAGGGAGGCCAUAAGACCUGUGUCGGAUGCUUUCUUGAGGAGCGCCACCUCGGUUGGUUGGUUUUGUGAACCGCCGCGGCAAUUGUCGUUGGCUUCAAUGGUGGG